AUGGAGAAGUUGGGUUGCAAGAAGCAAUGGCAUUUGGUUUUUUGGUGCUUAGUACUUGUUCUUCCGUUGUUCUUGAUUGCUGAAUGCUCAGUGACUGAAAGAACCAGAUGGAAUCCGGCGAGCACCAGCGAACAACUGAGAUCGUUUCCUCCGGUCAAACUUCAUGGAAGACAUGAUACUCAUGUGGUGUUGGAUAAUGGCCUCGUGAAACUAACCUUGGGCAACCCGGGCGGUAUGCUCACCAGCAUAGAAUACAAUGGGAUGGAUAACAUAUUGGAACAUCGAAAUAAAGAAACAGACAGAGGGUAUUGGGAUGUUAUUUGGAGUGAGCCCGGAGAGCAUGGCCACGGGAACAUUUUGAGCGGGCUACAUGGGACAAGUUUUCAGGUUAUUGGCGAAGAUGACAAUCAAAUAGAGGUUUCAUUUAGUCGAAGAUGGAAUCCUUCAGACAAUAAUAGUACAGUUCCUCUAAAUUCGGACAAAAGGUACAUAUUGAAGCGUGGAUGCCCUGGUUUUUACACAUAUACGAUAUUGGAGCGCUUAGAAGGUUGGCGUGAUAUUAACCUCCCUGCAGUCAGAUUGGCUUUCAAGCUUCAAGGAAGCAGGUUCCAUUACAUGGCUCUAUCAGACGAUAGGCAAAGAACCAUGGCAUCUCCCGAGGACCGUAGAGCGGGUAAAGUCCUGGGAUACAAAGAAGCUGUUCUAUUACCAGAUUCAGUCAAUCCAGCCAUCAAAGGGGUCGAUGACAAGUACCAAUACUCAUGCGACAAUAAGGAUAAUCGGGUACACGGUUGGAUAAGCUCCGACCCACAAGUAGGGUUUUGGGUGAUCACACCAAGCUAUGAGUAUCGUUCUGCUGGACCUGUAAAGCAAGAACUCACCUCCCAUACUGGUCCAACCUCCCUAGCUGUGUUUAUAAGUGGCCAUUAUUCUGGGAAAGAUUUAAACGUAUUUUUCAGAGAUGGCGAGCCCUGGAAAAAGGUUUUUGGGCCUGUGUUUGUCUAUCUAAAUUCGGGUUCGGGUGGUGAUAACCACCAAACUCUUUGGCAAGAUGCUAAAGAACAGAUGUUGGUCGAAACCCAAAGUUGGCCAUACAAUUUUCCCCUUUCAAAAGAUUUUCCUCAUGCUCAUCAACGGGGUACAGUCAGUGGUCGACUAAUGGUCCGAGACAGGUACAUUAGUAGAGAGCUUAUUCCCGCAAGGUCCGCUUAUGUUGGGCUUGCUCCACCGGGAGAACUAGGAUCAUGGCAGAAAGACACCAAGGGCUAUCAGUUUUGGAAUCAAACUGAUGAUGAGGGGAACUUCCUGAUUAGAGGUGUAAGAGCUGGGAAUUAUAACUUGUAUGCUUGGGUUGAUGGUGUCAUUGGUGAUUACAAAUAUGAAACUGAUAUUCAGAUCACACCAGGAAGUGAAAUCAGACUGGCUGAUCUUGUGUAUCAUCCUCCAAGAAAUGGUCCUACUCUAUGGGAAAUCGGCAUUCCUGAUCGAUCUGCUGCUGAGUUCUUCGUGCCCGACCCAGACCCGAAACUGAAGACCCGACUAUCUCGCAGCAAUUCAGACAAGUUUAGGCAAUAUGGAUUGUGGGCUCGGUACACAGAUUUAUAUCCUGACCAGGAUUUAGUCUACACCAUUGGAUCUAGCAAUUACAAAAAAGACUGGUUCUUUGCUCAUGUGAACAGGAGGGCAAAUGACAUUUAUGAACCGACUACAUGGCAAAUAAUAUUCCAUCUCGGAAACAUUGAAUAUACUGGAACGUAUACACUCCGAAUAGCUUUGGCAUCAGCCAAUGGGGCUCAUGUGAAAGUUUGGAUGAACAGAGACCCGAACACAACACGUCGUCUCUUUUCGACGAGCCUUGUAGGCCGGGACAAUGCGAUUGCAAGGCAUGGGAUUCAUGGAUUAUACUGGCUAUAUAGUGUUGAUAUACCUGCCUCUUAUCUUCAAUCUGGAAGAAACACAAUGUUUCUGCAACAGUCAAGCCCGUCAAGCCCUUUCAGUGGAGUCAUGUAUGACUACCUCCGUUUAGAAGGACCGCCAAGAAGCUCUUGA